CCGAGCGCGCAGGGCUGCCGGGAGCGUCGGCGCGCGGUCUCCGGUCCGGUUCGGUCUCUCCGCUGUAGGGCUCUCCGGGCUGACAUGCCCCCCGCGCGGCCAGGAGGCGCCCAGCUCCCAGGUCGGAGCUUGUGAGGCCCCGGGAAGCUUCCCCGACAGCCAGCGAGCCUACACCGACUCGAGGCCUAUUCUUGGAUCCAAUCCCCGGCUUCUCCUACUUGCUGCGGUCCGCCACAGGCCUCCCGCGGCGGUGCCAUGAACACCGCAGCUUUUCCCUCCCCCACUGCCGAAUUGGCAGAAAUAAACCGAAUCCAUUAUGAAAUGAACUAUACAGAAGACAUCAGCCAUAGAAUGAGAGUUCCUGAGAAACUGCAGGUUGCAGCAGGGCAGAGUGUGAAGGAUGUGCUGGCGGACUUUCAGAACACUACGGUUGCAAUGCAAGUGCCGGAGAGAAUUUUCAUAGCAGGUGACGGCGAUAAUUCCAGACCAAAAGAUCUUGAUCUUGUGGCAUCGCAGUCUUCUGCCCUGGGAGAGCCUUUGGCGUUGAAAACGCCGCCCCGCAUACUCACUCUGAACGACCGACCUUUAGAUUUCUUGGAUCUGGAACGAUCAGUUCCUCAGACGCCACAGAACGAGGAGGUACGCUCUCAGGGUCGUAUUCGAAGGGAGCGCUCGAUGAGUGAAAAUACUCUCCGUCAGAAUGGGCAGCUCGGCAGAAUGGAGUUGAUUGUGUCACCAAUCCCCCAACCUCUGCCUCCACCUCCGCCGCGUCUCUAUCCUCCGCUCACCUCUUCUGAAGACGGAUCAAACCUAUACUCUCCUCAUGGCAUUUUGUCAGUUAUCCAGUCCACGACCCGUAGGGCCUACCAGCAAGUCUUGGACAUACUAGAUGAAAACCGCAGAAGACCAGUACUGCGCGGAGGCUCAGCUGGUGCCACUUCUAACCCUCUGAUUGAUAGCUGCAGGUAUACCCCGUCCAACUGCGACUUUGCAAUGGAAGGAACAGCAGACGAUCUGGCUGUCGUAGAUGCUGCUUCCUUACGAAGACAGAUAAUUAAACUGAACCGAAGACUCCAGCUUCUAGAGGAAGAGAACCGAGAACGUACCCGACGGGAAAUCAUCAUGUACUCAAUCACCGUGGGGUUCUGGCUGAUCAAUAGCUGGCUUUGGUUCCGGCGCUGAGUGGGCCUUCCACAGACCAGAUCACAUGCUAACCCAGUGAAAGUUCUUUGAAAACCAGCUAGUGAUUUGAAGGACCUGCAGAGAUUUCCUCGUUUCCCCCUUCCUGUGUACAGCACAGACUCCUGAGGUUCGAGCACUGAACACUCGCUCCGUGUAAAGCAGGAAAAUGAAUCACGGGGACAACGGGACUAUAUUGUUGCUUCACUUUUGAGAUAUUUAUCAUGUCACUUCAUCGUAUACAAUUUAAUUAUGUCGCACUUUGCAUGUCUGUGGUUUAAGGGACGUGGAGCUCUCAGGGCUGCAUGUUGCACACAUUGUUAAACGAUCCUGUGCGCUUGCGACUGUAUGACAACAAGCAGGAAGAGCGCGCCUGAACAGAAUAAAGAAUACGACGAUUGUUUGCAUUGUGCAACUUGCUGAUUUGGAACGCUUACGAACAAGGAUUUCAGGGAGGAAUUGUGGUGAAGUGAUAUGUGGAAACAUUUUGUGACUGUAUUCUGUUGUCCUGUCCAGGUGAAGUUAUAGCUAUGUGCUCGGCUCCUACGUUUUCUGUUUUUGCACUGAUUUUGAAUGGAAUGUGGUCCUAAAAUUGCCGUAUCCUUGGGUAUUCAUGUAAAAAAAAACUUUUAUUUUGAAAUUUUACCAUUGAGUGGUUGGGCACCUGAUCAAGUCUGAUGUCUCUGAGCCAUUCCUGAACGUUCAGGGUUUCCGUCAAGGCCUCCCCACCCCACCUUGUCCGGUUUCCCAUCUUCCUUUUGCUCCACUGAAGAUAAUGAGUAGAGUGAGUGAGAUAUUGGGAGAUGACGCCAAGUCCAAGAUGUAACAUUUAAUGGUUCAGGAAGUACACAGAGGUGGCUGUCCCAAGCCAUAUGUUGCUUUGCUUGGUAAAAUAACCUAUCUUUUAUAUAAAAAAAUGUAUGUGGAGGAUUUUGGGGGGAUUGUAUCUGAAGGGAAAAGCUCAUCAUUGGAUCUUUUCCUGGAAUAUUCUGUUAAUUUCUAGUUCAGACAUUGCUCUUAUCCCAUUCAAGUUUUAGAGUGUAAAAUUGUGUACCUUUUAGUUUACCUUUACAAGCAGACAUUCAAAACUGAAAUCUUCAUCAUAGCUCAAGACCCUCAUUGCAGGAAGGGUUAACAAUUUACUUUUGUGGAAAAGGUUGUACAACCAUUUUUUUUGCGCUCUGCAGUUUUUUAAAAUAAAAAAAGUGGGACUUUUUUUUCUAUUGUACAUUUUUGUGUAGACACGCUUCCGCAAGAGAUAAGUUAUCUGAGAUAAAAUAGUUUAUGCAAAUAUAAUCAACUGAAUAAAUUGUGGCAGUAUAGAAAA